CGUCCAUGCCGUAUUGUUUACAUUCGCGUUGCAGCAGCGUUUCUCGCGGUGACAAUCAUAUGAAACCAGUGCAUUUUAUCAUUCCUACCUAAUUCGGUUCGUUUGUUAAUCGCGAUGAAGGACGCAAAGAAAAAAUCCGGCCCCGCCGGCAAAGGUAAGGGUGAUAAAACAGCUAAAAAACAAGCAAACAGCUCGACCCAGCAAUCCAACGGCAACGGUAAUGCGCCGAAGAUGUGGGACGACGACCGGUUCGCCCAUUUGAUCAACAACCCGCGCUACCAUGGCAUGCCAAAGUCGAAGAAAACGGUCAAAAUCGAUAGCCGCUUCAAGGCCAUGUUCGACGAUGAGCGAUUCAAUCAGAAGGCCACGAUGGAUAAGUACGGCCGGAAGAUUAAGAAAACGGACUCGGACUUGAUGCGCAAGUUUUACCAUCUCGAUUCGGAUGAGGAGAACGAAGAGGAAGCGGCCCGCGAGCGGGAACGGGAGGAGCGGGCGAUGGAGGGUCGGGCCGGAUCGGAAUCGGAUGAAGGAGCCGAAGGGUUGCAGCUAACGAAGGAGGAAAAGAAAGCGGGCCUGUCUGGCAAGGUGAAGGACCGGCUAAAGGAUUUGGAGGUGGAUUUUGCGCGUGGAGAAGGGUUGCUGGAAUCUUCCUCGGACGACGACGAUUCGGACGGUGAUGAGGAGGAGGGACAGGAUGUGUUCAUUGAACACGUGUGGGGCGAGCUGGAUGCGGAAGCGGAGCGCACGGAAGAAUCCACCAGACGGUUGGCCGUCUGCCAUAUGGACUGGGACCGUAUCCGGGCGGUGGAUGUAAUGGUGCUGCUGAGCUCAUUUCUUCCCCCGGGUUCGGCCAUCAAGAGUGUAACGAUUUACCCUUCGGAAUAUGGCAAACAGCGCAUGAAGGAAGAGGAGGAACGUGGCCCGCAGGAGUUGACUGUCCGCACGAUUGAAAACUCGGACGAAGAGGAGGAGGAUGAAGAGGUACAAAAAGAACGGUUGCGCGAAUAUCAGCUUAAUCGGCUAAAAUAUUACUAUGCCGUCGUGGAGUGCGAUUCGGUCGCAACGGCCGAUAAGAUCUACAAGGAGUGCGACGGCAUCGAGUACGAAAGUACGGCCAACAAGCUAGACCUGCGUUUCAUUCCAGACGAUAUGGAGUUUGACGAUGCGCCGAAGGAUCGCUGUACCGAGCUGCCGGAGGUGGGCAAGUACGUGCCGCGUAUCUUCGGCACGGCCGCACUGCACCAGUCGAAGGUGGAGCUGACGUGGGACGAGAACGAUCUCGACCGGAAGGAGUUCAACGAGAAGCUGCGGGACGGCAAGUGGGCAGAUCUGCCCGAGGCCGAGCUGAAGAAGUAUGUGGUGUGCUCGAGCAGCGACGAGGAGGGCGAAGAUGAGGAUGGUAUGGGCAGUAGAAAAUCCAAGCGUCCGGUCGUGCGAGUCGGACCCGCCGACAGUGACAGUGAUUCUGGGGAUGAGGAGAAUGGCGACGGUACCGACUCGGACGGUGAACCGAAGGGAAGCCGUAAGGAGAAAAUGAUCGCAAAGUAUCGUGCCCUGCUGAACGACAUCAAAGAACAGGAGAGGGAGCAGGAAGAAGACAAGGUCGGCUUGGAGUUCAGCUGGAAGGUGAACGGGAAGGAGGAGGAUGAAGAAAACAACGAUCAGUCCGAUGCCGAAUCGGACGAUGAACCCGCCAAGCCACCCAAGAACGAUGUGAAUCCGUUCGAGAAGAUUCUGCAAAAGAAGAAGGAGAAAAACAAGCGUCGAAAGGAGCUGAAGAAGCGCCGGAAGCGCGGCGAACUGGAUGGUUCGGGCGCGGAAGCCACCGAGGACGACAGCUCCGAGGACGAUCUGCCGCACGGUGUCGAUCUAAACGAUCCAUUCUUUGCGAGCGCUUUCGACGAGAAAGAGUUCGGCGUGGGUAAAAAGAAGCAGAAAUCGAAACAGAAGGAGCGCGAAGCGAUCAAGCGAGCCAAGGAGGAGGAGGAACGGGAGGCGGAGGAAAACGAACGGCGCCGGGCGGAGCUGGAGCUAAUGCUGGACGAUGGCGAGGACAAUCGGGCACACUUUAAUCUGCGCGCCAUUCAGGAGCGUGAAAUCGAUCUACGCACGGUGUCGAAGUCCAAGCGGCGCGCCCUGCUGAAGAAGAGCCGGCGGGAGAUCGAGGAGCAGCGAAAUCGGAAGGCGGCAGCGGACGAUUUUGAGGUGAACACGGAGGAUCCCCGGUUCAGUGCGAUCUACUCGAAGCCUGACUUCAGUAUCGAUCCGACGAAUCCGGCGUUUAAGAAGACGAAAGCGAUGGAGCGGCUGAUCGAGACGAAGCUGCGCAAGCGCCAGCUGGCGGAGAACGAUGUGAGGGAGGAGAAUGGGAAGGUGGUGCAGCCGGUUGAGAAGGUGGCAAAGCGGGACGUCUCCACGACCAUGCUGGUGAAGAGUAUCAAGCGAAAGAUAGGAAAGGCGUAAUCAGGCAGGAUUUAGUUGGGAACAGUUGGUGUUUGCAUUUGUUCUAAUAAAUUCAUUAAAUAAUAGAUAAAGAAAUGAGUUUGUUAGUGUUUUUGGAACCAUAGACCGACAUUAAUUUACAAUUAUUGGGUAUUAGUUUACGUACCUUUGUUCAAGCAUGGCUGGAGUACGAGUCCUGUCGAUUGUUGCUAGGGGAUACUUUUAUCCAUGGCACACUACACUACAAGCAAGAGGCAAGCAUGCAAGCAACUAAGAUUCUACAGCACUUAAACAAACUAACACACUACUGCUACUUAUGCUACACUACUGAGAGGCACUUUAAAACACGCUUACAUAUUAAAACACUUCCGUAUAUUUCUCCUACACAACGUACUACACUCGUUUCUUUCCCUUCGGACACGGUUCGACCUCAUCGAUCAUGCCGCGAUACAGUUCGGCCACCAGCUUCGACGACUGGCAUACACUGCCACCACCACGCCGCUUCUGGUGCUCCUGCCUGUUAAUGUCCCCGACACAAAUCCAUUCUUUCGCAUCCUUCACUCCACCAUCACCAUCCGCACCACCUACUGCCCACUUCGAGUGAUCUUUCAGCGUGGAAAACCGAUCCUCCCGCCCAACAGACACUUCACGCACAUUCAGCACACUAUGCCUGCGCCGUCCGCCAUCCGAUGAGCAGUCACUCGGCAGAUUGCCACUGCCGUGUUGCCAGCUUUCCACCAUCAACCCCACAUCCAGUGCCGGCGCAAUCCAGUCCGCGUACAGCUCCUUCCCAAAGUGGCGACUUUUCGCGAACGUCACAAACUCAACACCGGCCUGGGAUUGGAUCGUCUGGGCGCUGUAAAACGGUGGCGACUUAUCGACCGGUGCCAUCUGGGCGGCACGCUGUAGUGUAGGAAAGCGGGCCGCCAAUGCCGCUGGAACGCUCUUCGAAUACACCGUCACCUCGUUGAACAGCAGCUGCCUAGCAACGGUUUCCAUCUGCGUUGCGUUCAGCGAAAUGCACAGGAAGCUUUGCCCGUACAUCAUGCCGGUGUGCGGGUAGCCGUAAUCGGCCCCAAUUGCCGGUGGAAAUUUUGGGACGGAGUGAAUCAACCAAUAGCCUGCGGUACCGUCCGUACUGACGACACCCUUCGUGUGGCCACGCUCCAUGUCGACCGGUGCGUUCGCGGGUUCAUCGUUGUACAUGAUCGUGAAGACGGUGGACGGAUGCCGGAUGGAGGGUGUAAUCGUGCGGCCGGGUGCACUUUCGGACUGGUUCACGCUGUACUGGGCAGUGUGCCAUUGUAGCGGUGAUCCUUUGGUGUGCUUUCCACCGACAUCCUUCGACGAUACAAACGUGUACCGCAACCCGUUGGUCGGGGAGUCACGCUCGGAAGACUCCUUCGGCAGCUUGUACAGGUAAUACCUAGCGCGAAGAGGAAGAAGAAGGACAUUAAAAAAGGAAGCAACACGAAUUGAAAACGGAAGCAUAUAUUUACCAAUCAACCAAUUCGCCCGUUUCCAAACGACAACCAAGGACAUCGUCGGGCGGGGCAGAAGAUUGACCGUAAGUGAUCUUGGCCACUAGUAACACACCACCGAGACACAGCCACAAACGGAGCAUCAUUUCAGAAGAGCGUUCUUCCGCAUCAAGUUAGCAAACAAAACUGCAGCAAGCGUCGCUUUUUGUUGCAGGUAAAGGAUAAACUACACUGCGUCAAGCAAAAUGCUGUACAGGUGAAGCGAUUUGUUUAUCCUUUUCUCUCUUUCACGCUUUCUCUAUCUCGCAGCGAUCACGCAGAUGCCUAUCGAUUUUGAGUGAUAAACAGAAUGCAAAUUGAUCGAAUUCUUUUAAUGAAGUAAAAAAUGAAUUAAAAAUAGAAAAUAUCGAGCAAAUCUCUAUUUAAAAUGCUAAUGCUAUUUAUAUGUAAUCUAGAGCAAGAAUAAAAAAAAAGAUCGUUACAUACAAUAAUAUCAUGCAAAAUCGUGGGCGGAAUCAAGACCCAGUCCAAGAAGGUCAAGGUCAGCAACAGAGGCAUUGGGCAAAUCCGUGUAAAGUAAUGGUGUAUUCAGAAUGGAGAUAACAGCAAGAUUGCUUGCCUGGGAUAUUCACCUUUACUUGAUAAAGAACUGACGUGGGAAUAGGACUAAAUAAAUGCAAAAACAAAGGUCGAUAUUGUAAGAAGGACAAUAACUCAUAUUUUAUGUAUGAAUUCCACUAAAUUUCCUACACUAUUUCCUGACAUUUACUACUGGGUAUGGUUUGUUUACUGGAACUGGAGAUUUAUUGGUUCGAUCCCCAGACCAAGCCCAAAUAUCGUUCCGAAUCCUAAUCCGGAACAGUUCCAGGUACAGUUUUUUAAAAUAAAUGAGACCAGGAGCUAUUUCUGGAUCGAAAUGGGAUCUUGAUCGGUUCCACGACCGGUAUGGGUUCAGUAUCAGGGCUAGGUCCUUUAUGGGUUUACUUUCAGUUCCACGACUGAUAUGGAUCCAUGGGUAGUUCCAGGACCGGUAUGGAUUUAGUGUCAGUUCCAACUCCGGUAUGGAUUCAGUAUCAGUUUCAGGACCUGUAUGGGUUCAGGAUAGGUUCUAGGACCAGUAUGAGUUUCUAGGACCGGUAUGGGUUCAUGAUCGGUUAGAGGGCAGGUAUGGGUUCAUGAUAGGUUCCUGGAUCGGUGUGGGUUCAUGAUAGGUUCUAGGGCCGGUAUGGGUUCAGUAUCAGUUCCAACACCAUAAUGUGUUCAUGACAUGUUCCAGGACCGGUAUGAACAGUGUUGGUUCCUGGAACGUUUUGGGUUCAGCAUCGGUUUCUGGACCUGGAUAGGUUCAGUUGCGGUCCUGAAGGCAGUUCUUUAACCAGAAAAAAGUGAUGUAUUGGUGUCAGGACCAGUAUGGGUUUGGUUUUGGUUUUAGGUCUCUUAAGAGGUGGUCAUAAGUAACUUAUUUUAAUUGGUUUUCGAGACUUUUGUUGUCGUCCUACUCUUUACACUAAAAGGAAUCUUUGAAAUUUAUUUGCGUAGCCCUGGCCAAAUAAACUAUAUUAACAAAGUCGUCUCAUGCAUAAGAAGACAACCUCCACAUGAGCAUCACGCCGGCACCCUGUAGUCAAGCAAAAUUAAAUAGAAAUUAAACACAUAUUUCGGAUAGUCUCAAAUAAAAACGACAAAUCAAAUUACAACGAAAUAGUCACCAUUAACAUUUCUAAUAAAUUAUCCAUUUUUAUUGUA